CUUACAGGGGCUGCGGGAUUCAUCGGUUCAUCGGUGGCUGAAGUCCUCUUGGCUCGCGGCAAUGAGGUGAUCGGCCUCGUCCGCGCUGACCUGGUGGAUGGCGCCGCGCUGGAUGCGCUGUUUGCCGACGAAAAGACACGGCCCGACGUGGUGGUUCACCUGGCGGCAUGGGCCGGUGUGAGGCCCUCGAUCGCGAAGCCGAUGGUCUACCAGCGCAACAAUCUCGAAGGCACGGUUCGUUUGCUCGAGCUGGCGCGCCAGCACGAUGUGAAGCCUUUUGUCUUCGCCUCGAGUUCAUCAGUGUAUGGGGCGCGCGACACCGUCCCGUUUUCCGAAGAAGACCGCGUCGAUGAUCCGAUCAGUCCGUACGCCGCCACGAAGAAGGCGGGCGAACUGCUCGGUUACACGUACAGUCACCUCUUUGGCCUGAACUUCGUCGGGCUGCGCUUCUUCACGGUCUACGGGCCGAGGCAGCGACCGGAGAUGGCGAUUCAUUUGUUCGCGCAGCGGAUCUUAGACGGCGUGACGAUUCGAAUGCACGGCGACGGUAGCUCCAGCCGUGACUACACAUACAUCGACGACAUUGUUGAAGGCGUGAUUGCAUCCAUCGACCGCGCAACUACGGUUGACGGCUAUCGCAUUUACAAUCUCGGCGGCUCCGAAACCACGACCCUCGCCGAACUGAUCGCGCAGAUCGAAGACGCGUGCGGCAAAAAAGCGAUCAUCGACCAGGUUCCCGAUCAACCCGGUGAUGUGCCGCGCACAUUCGCCGACGUGAGUCGCGCCAAAGAGGAACUCGGGUACAACCCGCGAACUCCGGUCGCCGUCGGGAUUCCUCGUUUUGUCGAAUGGCUCAAAAAUCGCCGCGGUGACUGA